CAUUUUUAUAUUAGUUUCCGCCAUUGCGCUCCGCCAUUUUGCUUGGUCGCGGAGUGAACGUAAAAUUAUUCUCAUGUAUUUUAUUGUGGUUAUCAGUUAUUUAGUUUAGAUUUAGUGUUUCUGUACACUAAUGGCUUGCUUAAAUACACUUAAGUUAGAAAUCAAGACCUUAGAGCAAGUGUUUCCAAAGAACCAUGAACGGUUUCAGAUAAUGUCAGCUAGUGUCGACGAACUGACCUGCAGAUUCGUUGGCAGAAAUGGAAAGAAAUACGAAAUACAUGCAAAUAUCACUGAAACAUACCCAAACACACCGCCAGUAUGGUUUGCCGACAGUGAAGAUCCAAUUGUGACAAACGCUGUUCAAAUCCUCACCAACACACAAGGAAGGGACAAUCAUGUAAUAAACCAGGUGGGUAUAUUACUGAGGGAACUAUGCAAGUUACACGGCGUGCCUGAACCACCAGAUUUGGACUCGUUAUCAUUACCAGUGCACCCAGCCCCGCAACAAAGAGUCCCAAGUGUGACAUCAAACGGUGCGGAGUCUGGCACGGAGGAGGAUGAGGAAAUGGCCGCCGAGGAGGAUGAAUCGGAAGGAGAGGAUGACUUGCCGCUAGAGAUGGUCGAUGACGCCGGCCGUAGCAGCAAGGUACGGGAUGAUAUGGAGACAGAACAUUUAGCGACAUUAGAACGGCUGCGGCAGAAUCAGAGGCAAGAUUAUUUGUCCGGCAGCGUGUCCGGCAGCCUGCAGGCGACAGACAGACUCAUGAAGGAGUUGCGAGACAUAUACCGCUCGCACUCGUUCAAAAAUAACAUGUAUUCCAUUGAACUAGUAAACGAUUCCCUAUACGAGUGGAACAUAAGGCUGCGCUCGGUGGAUCCGGACAGCCCUCUGCACAAUGAUCUGUUACUGCUUAAAGAGAAGGAGGGCAAGGACUCAAUACUGCUGAACAUUAUGUUCAAAGAGACGUACCCGUUCGAGCCGCCGUUCGUGCGCGUUGUUUAUCCUAUUAUAUCAGGAGGCUACGUGCUGGUGGGCGGCGCGAUAUGCAUGGAACUGUUGACCAAGCAGGGCUGGUCGUCCGCGUACACCGUGGAGGCGGUGAUCAUGCAGAUCGCCGCGACGCUGGUUAAGGGCAAGGCGCGUAUCCAGUUCGGAGCCACCAAGGUGGUGUCGCAGUCGCAGUACAGUCUUGCGCGUGCGCAGCAGAGCUUCAAAUGUCUCGUGCAGAUACAUGAGAAGAAUGGAUGGUUCACACCGCCGAAGGAGGAUGGUUAAUCGCGGCCACGCCAGCCGUCGUAAUUUAAGACUAACGUGCGACCAUGUCAGUUACGCCCAACAACACACUAAAUUCGACUAGUGACUCAGUUUGCGUAUUACUAUGAUUCCGUAAAGUUUGUUUCACGCGACGCGCACUUCAAUGUAUGUGUUUAAGUAUGACUGAUGGACAUUUCUCGAGUAUUGUACGUGUACUGUAAUCGUUAAGUGGUAUUAAAUGUUUUGAAUUAAGUGCGGGCGGUAACGAGAGACUCUACCAAGACUUAUAGAAAAUGUUUAAAUGUGUAACGUUUUUUGUAAUCAUUAAUUUCUCAUUAAAGUUAUCCAUAUGGUAGCCCUAGACGUUACUGGAGUGUAAAGUUAAAAAAUUCUUUGCAUUUCUUUUUAGUUAUUGAAAUAAAUGAAAACCUGUGAUUCUU